AUUCCAACGAUACGUUGUAUAUGAACGGCGUUCAUUUUUUGUUUAUUUUUCCCAAUUUCGGCUUCGAGAUUUUUUUUUUUGAUUUUUCAAUCUUAAUAAUAUUCAUCAUCAUCAUGGUUGCAUGAGAAAUGGUCAACAAAUUAGAUGGUGUUGAAAUCAAUAAUAUCGAUAAUAGUGGUAGUGGAUCAUCGUCAGCUGAAAACAAUAACAACAUUGUUGCCGAACACAAUAAACCACGAAUAAAAGAGACGACGCCCUGCCUGUUGAAUGAAAUCGAUGAACAAUUCAACAACAAUCUAAUGGACAAAAUCGAUCUAAAUAAUGAUGAAGAGAUUAAAAAUCAUUUUACUCAUGUCAGAGUAUUGCAUAAUUUUCGUGGUUCAAACAAUGAUGAAUUGUGUAUGAAAAAAGAUGAUAUUAUAACAUUGACACAAACACCAUCCGGUGGAUGGUGGGAAGGAACAUUGGAUGGGAUUACUGGUUGGUUUCCAGCCAAUUAUGUUCAACCCAUUUCCAAUCAAGAUCCAUUAUAUCAACAACUUGUACACGGUCAGCAACAGGAUUCUGGUGGCAUCGAACCACGUUCAGGAUCAACAGAAUUAUAUAGUGGAUAUCAUUCUGGUGAUUGGAAUAGCCAUCCUGGUACACCUAUGAUGACUGGUGAUUUAAUCGGUGAUCAUCUGGCUGAAUAUCGUUCAAUCGUAAUGAAAGUAAUUGAAGAUUCAGAAACACAAUUCAUCGAAUCAUUACAAGAUGCUAUCAAUCAUUAUUUAAUGCCCGUUUAUCAGUUUAAAAUAUUACCCACCGAAACUGAAUUGAAUGCCGUAUUACGAUCAAUCACGGAAAUUUGUUCUGUUCAUCGAAGAUUUCUGACAUCGAUUGAAAAAACCAAAAGUGUUCCGCACAAAGAUAAUCGUAUCGGUGGUUUAUUCAUGCAAUAUGCACCACAAUUUAAACAUGCUCAUUUUGACUAUUGUUCACAUCAUGCCAAAUUUGUUCAUGUGAUUGAAAAAUACAAAAAAGAAAUCUGUGCCUUUUUCGCUGCCAAUCCACAACCAGUGCCGGUAAGUUUAGCUCAAACACUGGCUUCACCAUCACAUCAGAUGGCAAACAUGCCAUCAUCCGCCAAUCUAGCAUCGAUGCCAAACGUACAAAUCACUGCAUUAUUAAGUGUAUCGUUUCGUCGAUUGGAUAAAUAUCCAGCUUUAUUACAAGAACUUCAACGUUAUACUGAGGAAAAUCAUUCAGAUCGUGGAGAUAUUCAACGUGCUGGCUUUCUUUAUCGUGAAAUAUCCAUGUCUUGUUUAGAAUUACGCAGACGUAAAGAAAUGGAACUAGAAGUAAUGUUGGGAAAUAUCAAAAAUUUUGAUAAAAUGAAUAUUGAAUCUUAUGGACAAAUUAUAAAAAUGGAACCCGUCACCAUUUUAUUGUUGCCAUUAUGGAAAGAACCAAAAAAAGAUUGCUAUCUAGUUUUAUUUCCAAAGGUUUUGAUGAUUCUUUCGGUUGGCAAAGAAAUGACUUCUUUUACUUAUGAGGCAAUGAUAAAAUUAGAGAAUGCUAAAUUACAGCCAAUUAAUACAGCUACUACGAACGCCCGAAACGGAUCGGAUUUUUCAUUGGAAAUCACUGGUCAAAAUGCCCAUCCACAAUCCGAUUCAUCCAAUGAAAAUCUUCAAUACGUUGUUCGUUUUAAUGAUGAAGAAAUAUGGCGUGAAUAUUAUCAACAAUUACAAAAACAAAUUCGCCAUCAAACAAUUCCGUCGACGACAACAACAACACAUCCGCCGUUGGCCGAAUCUUCUAGUUCAUCAAUGCCGCAAACUAGCGGUACAACAGUUACUUCAUCUUUAUCAUCAUCCUCGCAAUCAUCAUCUGCAAUAUUUUCUCCACAAUCAUCAUCAUUGUCGAUUACAUCACCAGAUCAGCCGGUUCCAAUGUCAUUGCCACCUAAACCUCCUCAAUAUAGGAUUCAGCAUAUGAUGCCUCCUUUAAUGGAUGAAAUACCACCGCCGCUGCCACAUCAUCGUCGUUCACCACCUGCACCACCGCUGGAUGCACCGAAGUUGAGUAUCGAAUCUGUCUUGAAAUCCCUACCUAAACGAUCAACAGGAUAUUGGUCAAAUCAGAUUCUAACAACAAACCCACCAUAUCGACCUACAGAUUUGCCUAUUCAUCAUUUGAAUCACUCGAUUUGCUCUACGGCUGGUGACACUGGAACAUUGAUACAAGAAUCUACAAAUGAUGAUAUGCAAUUAUUGAAUGUAAUUGAUGCAUAUCAUCGAUGCAAAUUUCCUUCAAAUAAUUCUCGUGGUAGUGGUGGUGAACAUCAACAACUUUCAUCAUCAGCAUCUUCUUCAUCGGGUAAAGUUGUUAUUCACCACAAACACUCCAAUCCAUCAGCAGCAGAAUCGAGUGAGCCACAACAAGAAUUAGAACCUUACCAAUAUGUGGAAAUACUUGGCAUAAAUAAAUCAUCACCAUCAUUUGGUCAUCAUUUACAUCGAAAUCCAUCGGCUCGAAAUGCAAGAAAAAAUUCAUUGACCAUGUUGGCACAGAAAAUUAACAAAUUAUCGUUAUCAUCAAUGGAUCGUGAUGUUUUAUAUGAAAUCUAUGAUCAACUAAGAGUAAUACGCAAUGAAAUGAGUCAUCUAAGUGAAAAAGUACGUGAUGAACGUCGUCAACGAAAACGACUACAACAUUCAAUGGCCAAAUUACAUCAACAACAACAACAACAACAAACUUUAAAUACAUAAAUAAUUUGACUUUCAUAUGAUUUUUUCGUUUUUCUGGAAAAUUAAAUUUUUUUUUAAUUUUCA